AGUGAAAACCCCGGAGAAGAAGAGAAAACCAACCUUCUCGUGGUCUAGUUGAACAGUAAACAUGCUUGAAUUCUUAACUCUCGCGUGCUUGAAUUUCUAUCAGACAUUACCACCGAGACUCGUGUGUAGAGUAUGUGGCCAGUUUUCCCUCCUCAAUCCGACUUUUAUGGUUAUGCCAUGGAACCAUAGGAUUUACGAGCACGAGUAGGGUAGCCAGUGACAGACGGAAGAGAGCAUCGUCGCGUCCCCGUCGGAAACAUGCCAUGCCCGCUGACGGCGACGGCCGUUAUGUCUCCCUAACCCUUCCGCUAACCGCCGCUGCCCCCAUUUGCACUUCCACCCCUCCCGAGAAAACCGAUUACUCCACGCGGAAACCUUCUCGGCCAUCCGAUGGAUCCCCCUUACGUCAUCUCAACCGCUCCUCUCGUCCUCCCUUCCUAGUCCUCACUCUCACUGUACCUACCUACUCCCACCCCUCUCUCUCUCUCUCUCUCUCUCUCUCUCUCUCUCUCCCCAGCUUCUAGAGAGAGAGAGAGAGAAAGAGCUCAGAAAAUGCCAUCCAUUCAUGGCUGUGGUUACACCAUUUAUGUCCACUGUAAUAAUUGACUCCUCUUCUUCCUUUUCUCCUCCACGCGUUGGUUUCCAUUCUCUCUCUCUCUCUCUCUCUAGAUUGUCCAAAAUGACACCGCUGCGCACGCUUGACUUGGAACUCUCGACCUUCUUCUACUGACAUUGUCGUCAGAUCCAAUACUUGUCACUCCCGAUAACAAUUCUCUCUGAGCCUGAGUUCCCCGUUUCUGCGAUCCGAAGAGUCAACGCGUAAUCCGAGGGAGAUGAACUCGGUGACCGGCGAUGUCGGAGGAGGCAAUGUAGGGGAGCUGGGGAAUAUGGCCGAUCAAGUCAAGGAGUUCAUGAAAGGAGCGGCGGAGAUGAGCGUCGAGAUGGCAAAGGGGUGCCGGGACAUAGUGAGGCAGACGCUCGGCAAUGAGAACUCCUUCCUGGUGAAGUACUUCGGGAAGGAAUCGUACAUUGUGAGCAGAAUUCGGGGGCCCUGUGAGGCGGCCUGCCAGAGGUUGAAGUGUUUCAAUGACUACUUGCCCGAGGAUAAGGAUCCUGUGCAUGCUUGGUCAGUGAUAUGCAUCGUGCUAGUUCUCGCUGUUGCCGCUCUAAUAGUCAAUACUGAAAACAAAGCUUCUGCACCAUUAGUGAAGAAAGUUUCUCUACAUCCUCCAACUGCUACCCGUGUAUUGCUUCCAGAUGGUAGAUACAUGGCGUUUAGAGAGCAAGGUGUUCCUGCUGACAGAGCUAGGUUCUCAAUGAUUGUCCCCCACACUUUCCUUUCCUCGCGACUUGCAGGUAUACCGGGACUUAAGGGUUCAUUACUGGAGGAGUUUGGCAUUAGAUUUAUAACUUAUGAUCUUCCUGGUUUUGGAGAGAGCGAUCCUCAUCCCAAAAGAACUCUUGAGUCAUCAGCUUGGGAUAUGUCUCUCUUGGCAAAUGCCUUAGAAAUUAAAGAUAAGUUUUGGGUAGUAGGGCAUUCAAGUGGAAGCAUGCAUGCUUGGGCUGCCCUCAGAUAUAUUCCUGAUAGAGUAGCAGGUGCUGCAAUGUUUGCUCCCAUGGUUAAUCCAUAUGACCCACUUAUGAAUAAGGAGGAGAAACGUAGAACUUGGAACCUGUGGACAAGAAGAAGAAAAUUCAUGUUCUUCCUAGCGCACCGGUUUCCUAGGUUUCUUGCCUAUUUCUACCAUCAGAGCUUCUUGUCUGGGAAGCAUGGUCAGAUGGAUAAGUGGCUAUCACUAUCUCUAGGAAUCAGGGACCGAGCUCUGAUUGAGGACCCAGUGUACGAAGAAUUCUGGCAAAGAGAUGUUGAAGAAUCGAUUCGACAAGGAAGCGCCAAACCAUUUGUGGAAGAAGCUUCUUUACAGGUGUCUCGUUGGGGAUUCAGUCUUGUAGAUCUCAAACUACAGAAGAAAUCGCGAGGUAAAGGCAUCCUUGAUUGGAUCAGAUGGUUAACUUCUCUGCUCAUUGAAAAGCAGGAGGAGUUUACUGGCUUCCUCGGGCCUAUACACAUAUGGCAGGGGAUGGACGAUAGGGUGGUCCCACCAUCAAUGAACGACUAUGUGCAUCGGGUUUUGCCUGGGGUUGCCAUUCACAAGUUGCCGUACGAGGGCCACUUUACUUAUUUCUACUUCUGCCAUGAAUGCCAUAGACAAAUAUUUACGACGCUCUUCGGGACUCCACAAGGCCCCCUGAAGAUUACGGUUGUUGAAGAGGAUGUAACUGAAAACAUAUAGUGACGUUGAAGAGCAGGAAGAAUCUGAGAUUGCUACUGAUGUUGCCACGGACUAAUUGACGAUUACCACUUAAGGUUUGUUAAAUAAGUUCUGAUGUACAUAUGCCUCAGGUUUAGUUUUUGAGAAGAGUUCGUUGUCUAUUGGGUUUGCGAGAUAUCUGAUGAUAGCAUAGCAUUUUUAAUGAAAUUUAGGGAAAACAAAAGAUCCAAAAGAGAUGGGCGUGACUACAUCAAGAAAUGAUUACAAUUGACGAUCUGUUGUCGAUGCAUUGCUGAUAAUAAAUUGACCUAAUGGUUCUUAUAAUUAGUUUGAGAUGUUUAUGGGAUGCGGUUCAUUUUUCCUUUCCA